CGGGAACUUCACGUGACCUUUGCCCCGGCCACGUGCUGACAAAAGCAAGAUGGCGGCGGAAAAGUGAAAACUUUGUGAUGAAUCUUCCAACUUUUCGGGCCGUUGUUUACAAAGCAAACCCGCCGUCAAGAUGAGUGGAAGGUUGACGAGUGACCUUUCUAUCGACUACAUCGACUCAUGGUUUAGCCUAGACAAGCCGUUAGUCCCGCUGAACUCCGUUCCUCGGUCCAAACUCGGCGGGAAGGACUUCGAUGCGGCCACGGGCGGUCCAGCCAAGCCAGAGGCGCCGAUGAUCCCCAGAUACAAGAAGGAGCCAAGGAUGAACAACCCCCGGCAGACACAGUACGCCCAGAUGUACCAACAACAUGAGCUAGACAUGGCGCAGGACGAUCUGGAGAGUAUCGACGAGAGAAUGUCGGACCUGAAUGCCCUGGAUCUAGACAGCAUCAACAGUCUGGCUGGAGAUCUUGGUCGACAAACUCUGGAGGAGGACCCCCUGCGGUCUGUGAACAUCUACCGUAACUACAACUUCAACCAUACCUACAACCCCACACUGCCCAUCACUGGGUACCAGGAGGAGAUUAUUACCACUGUGGAGAGCAACAGUGUGACGGUCAUACAGGGAGACACAGGAAGUGGGAAGACAACACAGGUGCCACAGUACAUCCUGGACCACUAUGCACGUGCCAACAGAUGGUGUAACAUUGUCGUGACCCAGCCCAGACGUAUCGCUGCCAUCAGUAUCGCACGGAGGGUGGCCGAUGAGCGAGGAUGGAGACUGGGUGGUAUUGUGGGCUACCAGGUUGGGAUGGACAAGCAGCAGUCAGAAGACACCCGUCUGUCCUUCGUGACAACAGGAGUUCUCCUUCAGAAACUCAUCAACACCAAGAACAUGAACCAGUUCACUCAUGUCAUUCUGGAUGAGGUUCAUGAGCGAGACCAGGAAACAGACUUUGCCCUUCUGGUGGCACGGAAGCUGCUCCGGUCCAACUCUCGCCAUGUAAAGGUGGUUCUGAUGUCUGCCACGCUGGACAGCUCCAUGUUUGCAGGGUACUUCAGUAUCCCCGUACGAGGGGAGCUGGCUCCUGCCCCGGUGGUCACGGUGGAAGGAAGGCUGUUUCCUGUCACAGAGUUCUAUGUGGAGGACCUGGCACCAUUAGGACCACUCCCUGUGCUGGAAUGGGACUGCCCAGAAAUCAGCCAACAGUCCUUUGAGUUGGCACGUAAACUCAUCCUCUACUUCGACCAACUCGAGGCCCAGGAACAGGGGAGGAGUAUCUCAGAAGGACUGGGUGUCAACAGAGGCACUGUGCUUGUGUUCCUACCAGGUCUUGCAGAGAUUAAUACAUUGGAUGAGCUUCUUGCUCAUGAGGUAACAAGAUACAAGCUAUGGGUGCUUCCCCUUCACUCAACAAUCACAUCAGAGGAGCAGGCACAGGUCUUUGUUCCACCCAGGCCUUACCAGAGGAAGGUCAUCCUGUCAACAAAUAUAGCGGAAAGCUCCAUCACUGUACCUGACAUCAAAUAUGUGAUUGACUUCUGCCUGACUAAGUGCAUGGUGUGUGACCCUGAGACCAACUACCAGAGUCUGCAGCUCAACUGGGCAUCUCAGGCCAACUGUACCCAAAGGAAAGGUCGAGCGGGCCGUGUGUCCUCAGGUCGAGCCUACAGGAUGGUCAGCAGGGAGUUCUAUGAUAUCCACCUGCCGGAGUACGGCAUCCCAGAGAUGCAGCGCUGUCCCCUGGAGCAGCUGGUACUGAAGGUGAAACUGUUGGACCUGGGGGAACCGAAGGCCAUCCUGGGGCUGGCCCUGCAGCCGCCCAACCUGGACGCCAUCGAGGCCACUGUCUUACUACUGAAGGAGGUGGGUGCCCUCUCCACAGACACUUCAGAAGGGAUCAAUCCUCAUGAUGGUGACCUGACCUUCAUAGGUCGUGUGUUAGCCGCCCUCCCCGUGGACGUGAGGGUGGGGAAGUUGUUGCUGCUUGGACACGUGUUUGGCUACCUGAAGGAAGUUCUCGUCAUAGGUGCAUCUCUCUCCCUGAAGAGUUUCUUUGCGAAACCCUUCAGGGGGGACCUGGAGUCGUACAGAUCGAAGAUGGCCUGGUCUGAGGGAACCUUCAGUGACUGCCUUGCCAUGCUGAAUGCCUACAAGAAAUGGCAAGAUUGUUGUCAGUCAGGAAUGUUCAGAAAUAGGCAGCAAGAGCUAGAGUGGGCAAAGAGAAACAUGCUUCAACUCAAGAGAAUGAAAGAGAUGUCAGCAGUUGCCAAGGAACUCCAAGAUCGUUUAGCAAACUUUAACAUCCGCGUGUCGCUGGAAAGGAACCCACUGGUAAACCACUCGAGAGACACCUCACAGGACAAUCUGAUUCUCAAGAUGGUCCUGGCUGGAGCGUUCUACCCAAACUACUUCACCUGUGCAGCCUCAGAUGAAGCAGAGGCUGUGCGAGACUUGUCAGGCAGCAACCCCCUCACAACAGUCAUGUUGCGCGGCAUGCCUCCUGCUCCACAGCUGUACCUGAAACAGUUGGGUGCUGCAAUGCGCCCGUGUGGCGAGGGCAAGUUCAUCAAGUUAGAGGAUACGAGAGCUUAUGUGGAGUUUGCGCCUCCCCCAGACUACCACGGCACAGGUGUGCUACCUGCCGUCUACCUGGCUGUGAAGAUGAGGUCGAUGAGGAUCCCGCUGGAGCUGAGACUGCGCCCCAGGGAGGAGGUACAGCGAGCCCUGCUGCAGCAGGCUACUGCCAUCAACGACAGCAAGAAACUCAGGACAAACAGACUGUAUGGAGAGCUUGGAGAAGGAGGACGGCCUUCUGUUAAGGUGGAACAAACAAAGGGACCCAAGGCAGUGGAACCUCCUUCUCCUAAAGAACCUUGGAUGCAGCUGUAUGUCACUGAGGUUGUUGAAUGUGGACACUUCUGGGCUCACCGUGCAGAGGCUGAGUACUUUGACCAGUUGGCCAUCCUUAUGGAGACCAUCAAUCAGGAUGGAGGAGCAAAUCUGGAGCCCUUACCAGCCAACCUGGUGCUGCGUGACCAGUACUGUUUGGCACCCUACCAGGACGAGUCCACCGUCAAGUACUACAGGGCACGGAUUGUGGCAGCCUUUCCUGACCAUGUUAAGGUGUUUUAUCUGGACUAUGGGAACAUGGAGACAGUGCUGAAGUCUUGUCUGUGCAGGAUCCCAUCUGAGUUGCUGGAGAUCCCAUUCCAGUCGAUGGAGUGCUACCUAAAAGGUAUCCGUCCAUCCUUUGCGCUGUCCCCAGAGGGUAAGUGGGACCGUCAGGCGACCCUGCGUUUCCACGAGUUGGUGGCGGACAGGAUCCUGCUGGGGAAGGUGUUCUCCGUGGUGCGCGGGGCGAUACGGCUGGACCUGUACCGCACCACCAAACAGGAGGAGGUCUUCAUCAACCAUCAGCUGGUGCGAGAGAACCUGGCUGACUUGUGUGAGGAGACGUACGCUUCUAAGAAAAGUCACCAGGACCGUGCGGAGCAGAGCCUGGCCCCCGAGGACUCCACCCACCUGUGGACCCCUGCAGACAGCAGGGUGGAGCACGACGUGCCUGAGGACAACUUCGGCCUGAGGGGGCGGAGCAUGGUCCGUCUAAACGGCCCGUACAGCCCGUAUGAGAUGGUGUUUUAUAGCAUGAUCAACAUAGGGCGACUGAGAUCUGUCCGGAUCGAGCGCGACAGUGUGAACUCGGUUGCGCUGAACGACCGUCCGCAGGACACGCACCAGCGCAUGUUGGUGGCGGGACACGUGGGUGUGAGUACCACAGGCAGCACCAUCACGGCCAGGGACACCACCCUCAUGCCCAACAUGCCUGGACUGGCCGCCAUCGUCUGCCUCCUCUUCACACCUGUGGCUGAACUCAGAACAAACCGUGCUCACACCCACCUAACCGGUGCCAUCUGCGGCCUGGGCUGUGAUCCUGAGACGGGCAUCGGAAUCCUCCCCGAUCACGACCUGGAGAUAACCUUCGACACUAGUUUCACAAGGGAUGACCUAAUCGCUGUCAACAAGGUGCGCAUUGCCAUCAACUUGGCCCUGGGAAGCGAGAACAACAUUGCUGAGUGGGGCCCUUCAGGGAUAAAGAGGAUCCAGGAUGCAGCCAAGAACAAAAUACUCACGUUGAUCCAACGCAAGCGAGAGACAGUUGAACCGCAGAUGUUCCACAAGCCGUACUGGUGGAACCAGGUGAAGCCUGAAGACAUUCUUGACACCGGGUUGGAUGACACCAGUGCCAACUGUCGAUCCCUGCUCAGCCUCCACCAAGGUAUCGCCGUUGUCGAGGACGUUGAAGAGGGCGGGGCCCCUAAGAAGGAGAAUGACGACAUGUGGAAGAGGAAACACAUGAUGGAACUCAGGGAAAAGGCAUACAACUCCAACGAGCCCCAGCUGGUGCGCUGCGAGGUGUGUGACGUGGAGGUGAACACGCCCAGGGAACUCAAGCUGCACGUCGCGACCCGCAAACAUCGCGCCGAGGAGGUCAGACUCUUCGGGGAGUAGCAACACUUUCAGGGCAACAUACAACAACACUAGCCUCCAUAGCAGGCUCUCUGGGGCCUUUUUUCGUCUCAUAAUACACUUUUGCUGGCCAUUUCUUUUUCUA